GAGACUGCCUCCAAACCUUCGGAAGGGCUUUCAAUGGAACAUGACCCAGUUACCACGAGAUUGCUUUCUGCCUUGUUAACAAAAUUUAAAACCCAGUACAAAUCUCCUCGUGCCAAAACCACAACCAGAAAGGAACAGGCGCACAAGCGUCCAGACCUUGAUUCAUUGAAAUGA